UGGUUUGGGAAAGGAGGAGGACAGAGGAAGGGGAGGUGAAGUGAAGGGGUGUGAGCGCGCGUGCGCAUGUGGCACGCGCCUGACGGAGAGACCGCAUGCAGGAGCCCAAGUUGCGUCCUCUUUCGGCGUAUCGCGUCUUUUCCCCGGGACGCAGGCGGCUGGCGCGCUGACAUGUGAAGUAUGGCAUGCAGGGAUGGUGUCUGCACACAAGAAGGAGAUGGUGACAGCGAGGCGAGCUGCUGCCUCGGUUCGUGCCCUGAUCUACUUCUUCUGCCUGACCACUUGUGUCAAGAAAAUCUGCGGACAAACAAAGAGGGAUGAUAAGAUUUAUCCGGAGAAUUUUACUCGCAUUUUGGACCGACUUCUGGACGGCUAUGACAACAGGCUGCGACCUGGAUUUGGAGGCCCUGUGACCGAGGUCAAGACGGACAUCUAUGUGACAAGUUUUGGGCCGGUCUCAGAUGUUGAAAUGGAAUACACGAUGGACGUGUUCUUUCGCCAGACGUGGGUGGACCGGAGGUUGCUGUACGAAGGCCCAAUAGAGAUUCUGAGGCUAAACAACCUGAUGGUGACUAAAGUCUGGACUCCAGACACUUUUUUCAGGAACGGCAAAAGGUCUGUUGCUCACAACAUGACCGCUCCUAACAAACUCUUCCGGAUCAUGAAGAACGGCACCAUCCUUUACACCAUGAGGCUGACCAUCAGUGCUGAGUGUCCCAUGAAGCUUGUGGACUUCCCCAUGGAUGGACAUGCAUGUCCCCUCAAGUUUGGAAGCUAUGCUUAUCCCAAAACAGAGAUGAUCUACACUUGGACCAAAGGGCCUCAGCACUCGGUGGAGGUCCCGCCUGAGUCCUCCAGCCUGGUUCAGUAUGAUCUCAUCGGCCAGACCGUCUCCAGUGAAACCAUCAAGUCCAUCACAGGUGAAUACGUGGUAAUGACGGUUCACUUCCACCUGAAACGCAAAAUGGGCUACUUCAUGAUUCAGACCUAUAUCCCCUGCAUAAUGACAGUAAUCCUCUCUCAAGUGUCCUUCUGGAUCAAUAAGGAGUCGGUCCCGGCCCGGACCGUGUUUGGCAUCACGACUGUCCUGACCAUGACGACACUCAGCAUCAGCGCCCGCCACUCUCUUCCUAAGGUCUCGUACGCGACUGCGAUGGACUGGUUCAUUGCCGUCUGCUUCGCCUUUGUCUUCUCUGCCCUCAUUGAGUUUGCUGCUGUCAACUACUUCACCAAUGCACAGAUUGAGCGGGCCAGAAAGAAGCCAUCCAAAUGUCCCCCUGUGCCCCAAACCACGCCUGUCAAGCUGAAGGACGCGGAAGAAGUGCUGCAGCAAACCCCUGACACCAACGGCUCUCUGAGAAAGCGACUCAACUACAUUUCACACCCGGAGCAGAGCGGUCAGCAGAGAGCCCAGUCCACCACCAACAUCUCAGGUUUAGGACGAGGCAGACCACUGAGACCUACAGCCGCUGGCGCCAAUGGCAGUUCCUCCACGCUGUCCCGCUCUAGUCCGAAAUCCGAGAGCCUGCUGAGCGUGGCCUCCUCCUCCGCCCAGCUGGUGAAGGGCACCCCUCAAGCAGCUGCCUCCACUCCUGAUGUGAUGGUGGGGACGCCGUGCAAGCAGGACGUCAGCGCCUCGUCUCUGCAGCAUCUGCUGGGGCCCAAGCUGGAGCGUCUUCAGAUGAUGGGGAACAAACUGGAGCCAAAGCAGACGCCAUGCUCUCAGCCCACCACUGCUGGCAUGGGUGGAACCAGUAAAAUAGACAAAUACGCACGGAUCCUGUUCCCGGUGUCUUUUGGGGCAUUUAAUAUGGUCUACUGGGUGGUCUACCUAUCUAAGGACACCAUGGUGGCCAAGGAUGGCUAGACCUUGCUCUCACAACAGGAAUCAGUGUUUUUCUUCUAACUAAUAAGGAAUAUGGGAGUUAGCAUUCAGUGAGAAGAACCAGCUGGUUUGACAAAUGGAUUCUUAUCCUCACAAAUAUGUUCAUCUUUUUCCUGGAAUGCUGGGAAUAAACCAACAAAAGUAUCCGACUGAAGAGGAGCAAUAGUCUGGAAUAUUCCCCUGUUCUCUUUAUUCCUCAUCUGAUUAUUAAGGUCUUCAUCGGUUUCAGCUGCCUGCCUCACAAUCCCCGUUGGCCUGCAGCCAGCAAAAAAGCAUGGGAUUUGGCCAUUUUACUAUUUUUGUAUGCUGCACUAGUUGAGAUGUUUGGAUCUGUGUGCCAUCAUCCUGAACUGAACUACAAUGACACUGUAAAAACAUUCUAAAUAUCUAUAUUUAUUAGGAUAAACAGAUUUAUAGUUAAUGAAAACGUGUUAAUACGAGUGGAGCCUUUUAGUGAAGCAUGCAUUUGACACCAGAUGGAUGAGAGACCCAAGUUCAAACUUGGGAAUAAAUCAGAAUGAAAAGACUGGAGAUGUAGGAUUUAAGCUUCCUGUGUAAGUGAUUAAAAAUAUCCAUGAGAACAAAAACAGGAAAUGUGAAGGCAUCUGACGUCAUUUCAUCAAUAAGCUGCUUUAUAUAUUUUUUUAAGGGACUUUGCUUGCUUGCAUCAUUUGUUAAUAAUUGAAGCAGGAACAUUCAACCAUUUUAUUUUUUCUUCCUCCGGCUCUUGGAGAGUACAGACGCUUCCCUCCUCUCCUCCCUGUCUUAUCCCAAGGCUCUUUGUCCUGUCUUUGUGUGCACGGCACUUUCUGCAUAUGUUCUGGAAACUGGAAAUGAUUAAAAAUGGACCUGGUCAGUUGGUCUCUCAACGCAAUUGACAAAAUUUUUUCAACGAUGAGAACGGGAGAAGGGGCUCCCGGAUGCCCCUCUGGGACAGAGCCAGCUGGGCACAUCAUGGACUCCUGGAAACAGUGGAACCUGAUCUGCCUCUCUCACCUGUCUGUAGAGGAUUGUGAAGAUGUUUGGAUAUUUUUCAUUUUGGUGUCGGGAUUCCUGCUGUUUGGCCUGAGCAGUUACCUGGCAUACCGGAAAAUUAACGAGCUUUCGAGGAAUAUUGGCUCAAUCCCGGAGCUCAGGGAUGGAUUACACCGUGCUGUGAACUCACAAACUCAUAUAAUUGUCAAGAUGAGUCGUAAGCUUGGAACUUUGGCUGAGAUUCAGACUGGCACAAAUGGUGGAUUUGAUCAAAGAGAGAGUUGACGGAUCAGCACGGACUGGGAUUGAUUAAUAACGCCAUUAUUGGAUCUAGAGGGGUUGAAGACCAACAGAACUCUAAAGCAGAGAGGAAAUUAUCUCUGUCUGUCCCCAAAACAAUUCUUAUCUGAAUCUGGUGCCCUUGAGCCUGUGAGGCUGAAGAGAUAACUCCCCCCUCAGAAGAAAUGUGGAAUGCUGUCAUCGCUAUGGUAACUCUUUCUCCCUAUCCCAGCUUGGGCGGGACUGUGACCGGUGAAGGCCGUGCAACCGGAUCUAGGAGUCAGUGUGCUCUCUAACCCAUUAUCUCCCUCCAUGUCCAAACGGAGGUGAUAAGCGCUACUCUUGCGGCUGCAUGCACUGAAGUGAGGACGGUCCUACCCUACCUCCCCACCUAUUGGGCACUUAUGUUGUGUAAUGUCUGAAGUCUGUUGCAUUUCUGUCUGAGGUGUUUUUUUGCAUAGCAAAGCUGCCCUCUCUGUUGAGGGUAACUCUGAAGUGCCUUUUUUUCCCUCCCCCUGACUCUAUCCUCAUAUACACCCUCUUGAUCUAUUAAGGUAGCGCGACUCAGGUUGCGAAUGACCACAGUCACCAAUUCUUGUCAUGUGUCUAUGUAUGUAUGUCUGAUCUCAGAAUUGUGUGUACUGAAACUCUAAUUUCCCUCUGGGAUUAAUAAAUUAUCUUUGAAUUGAA